CCGACCCACCGAACUGCACACCUUAUCAUUCCGAUGAAUUCCUGCCUGCCUUCUAUUCACCAUUGCACCAAUUCCCUGACGCACUCGCCUUCUCUCAUCUACCUCCAGCCCCUUCAGCCCUCAAGCCCGGUCAGUCUGCGCGGGGAACGCUUUGCUUUCACAUAUCAAGGCUGGAAUAAACUGCGGCAUCGCCCAGUCUCGCUGGGAUAUUUGAGCCCGACUCGAACAUACGAGGAUUAGAUCCUUUAGGAUUUCGCACAUCUCAACCAAUUGACUGAGAACUGUUAGUGGAAGCGACAACAUGCCCUCGAACGGGUUCGGUCGCGAAUCUGUGUCCACCAUGGACCGAUCCGGUGGCUCUAGCAAUGGACACGGCAGCAAUGCCCAUGCGUCAGGUUCCGCAAAUGUCACUGGAAACAAUUACAAUCAGUACCUGGCUGAUGGGAGCGUCGCGCCGCGCUUGCAGCGACGAGCGGGUAAGGAUUGGCUACCAUAUCAGGGAGAGAGACAGCUGAUCAUCAGUAUCGAUCUGGGUACAACUUACUCCGGCGCAUCUUACUGCAUCCUUGAGCCUGGGAAGAAACCUCGUAUCGAAGAUUGCCGCGCUUACCCUGGCCAGGCCAGUGGUCUGUCAAAGGUGCCAUCCGUUGUCACCUACGACGCAGAAGGCAACGCCAGGUUCUUUGGUGCUGAAGCAGAGGGCCCUGAAGCAGAUGUAGUUCUGGAUGAAGGUGGUUCGCAGAUCCGCUGGUGGAAGCUGCACCUCAAGCCUGCACACUUGCACGUCAUUCUCGCCGGGGACUCCAAUGAGACGACGGAUCAGCUGGAUUUGGAUCCACUGCCCCCUGGUGUCACUGCCGAGCAAGUGUGCUCCACUUUUCUGGCAUACAUCAUUCGUUGCGUAGGAGCAUAUAUCUUCUCUCGUUUGCACAACGGAGCCGAAGUCCUCCAAACUCUUGGUCAGAAUACCUCGUACAUCAUCACAACGCCAUGCGGCUGGGAAUUACAGCAGCAGCAAGUGCUUAGACAAGCUUGCAUCAACGCUCAAUUGAUUCCCCCCGAGAGAAGUGAUGCCAUCCGUUUCGUGACAGAAGCAGAGGCAUCGAUCAAUUAUUGCGCAAUGUCAGCGGCGGGCGACUGGCUGGAAAAGCCAGGCCAACAUCUGAUUGUGCUCGAUGCGGGAGGUGGAACGAUCGACAUCACCACCUACGAGGUCACGAGCGUUUGGCCCGCGAUUGAAUGCAAAGAGGUUGGAGUGAGCGACUGCAUCAUAGGUGGUUCUGCUACUGUAGAUCACAGAGCUAUGCUUCUGAUCCAAGACCGCCUGAAAGGCACACGUUGGGACAACUUUGAAGACUUGCGCCAUCUGCGCCAAGCAUUUUCUGAAGGCAUCAAGCAAUCCUUUGCGCGCGCGGAUGUGGAGCAGAUUCUGCUGCCCAUCGGCUCCUCGUCGGAGUCGGAUUCCAAGAUCGGUUUGCGCAGAGGCAAAUUGGUCUUCACUGGCAAAGAGAUUGCAGAGCUCUUCGAACCUAGCAUCAAGGCUACUGUCGAGUCCAUCGAGAGGCGUGUGGAGCAGUGCGGCGGCGGUGCCGGCAGUCUCAUCACAGUUGCUGCGGUGGGCGGAUUUAGCGAAAGCGAAUUUUACCGAAAUGAAGUGCAGCGCCGCCUGGGAAACAAGGUACAGCUCAGCAAGCCUGACGAGAGCACUGCAAAGGCUGUAGCAAGCGGAUCCUUGGUCUGGUUGAUUGAUGGCGUAGUGUCGAGUAGAGUGUCUCGUCUGGACUACGGCAUCAAGUGUGCUACCGUAUACAAGCCCGAGAAGCCUGGUCACGUUGCUCGCAGGGGUCAAGUGUACAGUGGAGUAGAUGGCACUGAGCAUCUGCCGGGUGCCUUUGGAUGCGUGCUGCGAAAGGGAACGAGCGGAAGAGAUGACGAAGAGCACAUCUCGCCUUUUGUUUUGACAUGGCUCAAGAAUGUGCCCUGCACCGCUGCCAUUUCGCUCUAUGUAUAUCGUGGCGAUGAGGAAGGCACAGAGUUCGUCGACGAGGCGGGUUUCGAGCAGCUGGCUACUUUCAUGAUUGACAUGGAGCCGUUCCGGCCACUGCUCAAGACUUGCCGUUCGACCGACGGAGGGGAAUACAUCAGGGCAGACGUCGAGCUAGCGAUGAGACUGAACGCGACGGAAAUUUCAGCUCAGUGCUUGUUCAGGCACGGAGGCUCGCUCUACCGAGGACCGGUCAGCGUUGCGGCGACUCACAAUUAGGCAUGUUCUGGGCAUAAAGGUGUGCUGGAGCGGAUCCCUCCAUCAGUCGCGAAUACGCUGCAGACUGGGCUUGCCGCUCUGCGCCCCGGUCAGGAUGGCCGUGGAAUAUACCCUGCGCUUCUAUUUGCCAUAUUCUCUCAUCUCAACAAAUAGCAGAUCCACUCUGAGGCGCAUAUCGUGCGUGUCGGGUCAAGAAUCUCCAGCGCGGCGUAGAGGUCGGGUCUGUCCUCCCUUUUCGAAGCUCUUGGCCCUGGCAUAUACUUGUAAACACCUUGUACAAGCAACCUUACAGUGGAUCGGCCGACUGC